UAGUCUGGUCCACUUCAAUGGUAGUGACAGAUAUCAGGACUGACAGGGCAGCUCUGGUCAGUGUGGCUGGAUGCUCUUUUCUUGCUGGAUGCUAAAGAGAAGUUGCUGGCCUACUGUGAACUGUAGCUGAGUUUUUGGGAAGAUCCAGUCAUAGCCCUCAGGUUAAUGUGCUGGGUGUUAUAUCUUCUGACAUACCUAUGACAGUGUCUGAUGAAGCAGCAGGGAUUGCACCUUGUCUUUCUAUUGGCUGACUGGCUCCUUCUAUAGAGCCUAGCCUGAGGCGGAAGAUUAUCUAACUUUGGUCAAUGUACACAGCACUCACCUCGACCGCACCAGAGAUAAAUGCCAGCAUCAUGCCUAAGCAAGUGGAGGUGAGGAUGCACGAAAGUCACCUGGAGCCCAUCGAGGCCAGGCCCAGGAACAAGUGUAUCAGCUGCUUCUCUUCUCUUUUCAAGAACCUGCUGCUCACGCUCACUGUACUCGGUGUGAUUCUGGGGGCUGUGUCUGGGAUGCUGCUUCGUUAUGCCUCUCCCAUCCACCCAGACAUUGUCAUGGUGAUUGCGUUUCCUGGAGACAUCCUGAUGAGGAUGCUGAAGAUGUUGAUCCUGCCUCUCAUCAUCUCCAGCUUAAUCACAGGUCUGGCUGGUCUAGAUGCCAAGUCUAGCGGUCGCCUGGGCACCAGGGCAAUGGUUUACUACAUGUCCACCACAGUGAUUGCUGCAGUGCUGGGAGUCAUCCUAGUGCUGGUCAUACACCCUGGAAACCCCAAGAUGAAGGAGCAGCUGGGAGAUGGCCAAAAGCACGAUGAUGUGUCCAGCCUGGAUGCCUUCUUUGACCUCAUCAGGAACCUGUUCCCUGAGAACCUGGUGCAGGCCUGCUUCCAGCAGAUCCAAACAGUCACUAAGAAGGUGGAGAAGGUGAUUGAGGAAGACAUCAAUGCCACCACCACCUUGGAAGGCCUCCUGUCCAACGCCACCAAGGAGCCUGAGUUCAUCAUCAAGAAGUCCCUCCAGUUCAAGAGUGGCAUGAACGUGUUAGGAGUGAUUGGCUUCUUCAUUGCCUUCGGCAUCUGCAUGGGGAAGAUGGGAGAGAGGGCCAAGCUCAUGCUGGAGUUCUUCAACAUCCUCAACGAGAUUGUUAUGAACCUGGUUAUCAUGAUCAUGUGGUACUCUCCCUUCGGUAUCUGCUGCCUGAUCUGUGGUAAGAUCAUCUCCAUUGAUGAUCUGGAGGUGGUUGCUAGGCAGCUGGGGAUGUACAUGGUGACCGUGAUCGUGGGCUUGAUCAUCCACGGAGCCAUCUUCCUGCCUGCCAUCUACUUUGCCAUUGUCAGGAAAAACCCCUACACCUUCUUCAUGGGCAUCUUCCAGGCCUGGAUCACUGCCUUGGGGACAGCCUCCAGUGCUGGUACACUGCCUGUCACCUUCCGUUGCCUGGAGGAAAACUUGGGCAUCGAUAAGAGAGUCACCCGUUUCGUGCUCCCUGUCGGCGCCACCAUCAACAUGGACGGAACCGCCCUCUACGAGGCCGUGGCAGCCAUCUUUAUCGCCCAGAUGAACAACAUCUACCUGGAUGCUGGUCAGAUCGUCACUGUCAGUCUGACAGCUACCCUGGCCAGUGUUGGUGCGGCCAGUAUUCCCAGUGCUGGACUGGUGACUAUGCUUCUGAUCCUCACUGCAGUGGGCCUGCCAACUCAGGACAUCAGUCUGCUGGUUGCUGUUGACUGGCUCCUGGACCGGUUCCGUACCUCGGUGAAUGUGGUGGGAGACUCGUAUGGCGCGGGUAUCGUGUACCACCUGUCCAAGGCUGAGCUGGAUGAGCUGGACGCUACACAUGGCAAGUCGGGCGACAUCGAGAUGAUGAACAAGACCUCGUCCUACUAUGAUGACCUCAAGAACCACCACGAAAACAACUCCAACCAGUGCGUCCAGUAUGCCGCUCACAAUUCAGUCGUAGUAGAUGAGUGCAAGGUAACCUUGGCCACUAACGGCUCUACUGCUGCGGCAGCCGUGGCGGAGCGCACACUUGUUGAGGAGGAACCCCGGAAACGUGAAUAAAGCCAGCACACAGAUCCCCAGCUCCACAGGCUUUCCUAUCUGGUGAAAAAAUGAGUGAACGAAAAAAAAGAGUCAUGCGAACAGAACUACUAAUUGUUUUUCUUAUGUAGCUUUAUUUUGCAUUUUUAUUAGUCCCUUUACAGUGUUUCUAACCAUCUAUCUGACUGACUGAGAUGAAUAAUACUAAUUAACUUAUCAGUGAAACGAUAACAGAGGCAUGUUUUACCUGUUAGAACACUAAUGUGUGCAUCAUAGCAAACACUUGAACAACGGACAUCAAGGCUUGGGAGGGAGGGUGGGAAGAGAAAAACAAACUGUUACUUAAAUAAUUCCUAGAAUUGUUUUUAUGAGAGCAUUGCAUUCAAAACAGGGGGGAGGGUCAGUGUGUGGGGGAGUAACACUGGAACAACAGUCCUUCAGAGUGUGAUGGUAGCUGUGAGUUUGACACUGGCAAUCUGGCAGUCUGGCAGUCUGGCAGUCUAACAACAGACGGAGUGUGGGACAUAAGAGUUUGAAUCAUGCUAAACAUAAGGUAUGCCUGUAUCAAACUCCACAUUAUAUUUUUUAGAAGCGUGUCAUUACUAUUACCAAUGAUACCACAGUAGACAGCUGUUAUUUGACCCCUGGCCCCUUUUACCUUACAAGAUAAACUUUUACCUAUACCUGACAGAGCCCCUGUAACCUAUCUGAGUGUCUUUGCUACCUGCUAUUACCCACAAUCCCAUGGAGGAACCACGUUGGUGAUAAUGUAGAAUGUAGAGAUAAGGCAGGGUCUGCAGACUGAGCCUUACUCCACAAGCACACGUUCUCUGAAAAGCACAAAAUACAAAAGAAACAUGGAACCUCUCCUCCCUAUUUUAUUGUUAUACAUUUUGUUGACUACUGUAAGGGAGAGGGACUUUUUCAAUGUCGCCUCUAGUGUGAGAUUAUAUACUGUAUCUGUGUGAUUUGUGUGUGUGUGUGAUUCGUGUGUGUGUGUGUGUGUGUGUGUGUGUGUGUGUGUGUGUGUGUGUGUGUGUGUGUGUGUGUGUGUGUGUGUGUGUGUGUGUGUGUGUGUGUGUGUGUGUGUGUGUGUGUGUGUGGGGGGGGGGGGGGGGUGUAUGGGAUGGGAGUGAGAACAUGACAUAUCUCCCCAUGACUAAUAAGGACCAAACAGGCAUAUGAUAAAUCAAGCCAGAAGCCUUUGAAACGCCUCCAUGACUUCACUGACAGUCAUUGAUAUCGUCUUUUGGGGUUUCUUACUCUGCACACAAUCCAUUUGUAGCUAACUCCAGGUAGAAAGUGUCUCAUCACUCAUUUAAACUUCCAAAUUAGUUACUAAGAAAUUGAUAAAGCUCUCUGCCCCGCAAUUACUGCAACACAUGAAAAUCAAAAGUAAAGUUAAAAUGUGUCCACAAAUACAAAUAUAUCAAUAUCUUCAGUUCAGGGCUGUAUUUCAUAUUAAGUACUAGGAAGUAUUUAUUAUACCCCUCCCAGAUAUUCGGAAGCUAUCAAUUUCAUGAUGUGAGGCCAACAAAAAUGAGAACCAAGAGUUUUUGGGAAGGAUCUCGAAAUAUAUCUAGAACCAUAAUUUGUAUGAAAAUAUAAAGCACAAAUGAAGUUGUUUUAAUAAAACAGAAUACAAAAACAGAAUAUACAUUGAAUACUGAGUCCAUAUAGCACAAUUGCAGCUUUGAGUAUAAACUAGUUCUGUCUGAUUUUUGUAUCCCUUUUUGACACUGAUCUCUUUUCACAUUCAUCAUUCAUAAUUUGAGGAACCCGAUAAGGGAAACUAUACUCAGGCUUUAGCAUGAACUCCUUGGAAUUGAGAGAGACACUUUCACAAAGUCCUCAACACGUUUAGCUGCUCAUGAAAGAAAAUAGGCCAUUGACAAUUGCCUUGUAUAGCACAAGUUGGAUAUGAAUGCUUGACUUUGAACACGUUGACUGUUUACCACCUUGACAUUUUUUAAAGAGAUGUUUUGUAUACUUACACCUAUAUGACAGAGAUAAAGUUUCCCUUUACAACUAUUCAUAAGUAAGCUACUUUUAUUAAGGGAUUCUUGUUAGGAACAGCACACAGAAACUUGCCAAAUUUUCCAACAUUAACAUUCCAGUGACUCAAACUUUCUUGGGUUCCCUUUUUGGAUGAAAGCACAAACACACAUAUUUUAUCAAAGAUGGUGCAGAACAACCACAGAGUUUAAAUAAAAGUGCAAGUUUCAACAGGUUGAUAACUCCCUGCACAACUAGUGGCCAGGUGGAGUUAUUACAUCAUAACAAUUUUUUUCCAGACCCUUAGAGGGGUCUCCUUAGUGAUUAAACAACUCUAACCUCUUACCACAGAUGCUGACGACUGUUCUUAGAAACCGUGUAUGCUGCAGCUAUAUGUAUCAUUGGUCUCAUAUGGUUACUACUGUAGAGCAGUCAUCUGGAUGCCUGAAAUGUUUACUGCAGGCUUCCCAACUAUUAGGUAGGAGAAUUCUAUCCCCCUAAUGGAACAUAAAUGUCUAAAAAGUGAAACACACACAAAGUUAGAUCACCGGCUGCUAAUAUUUAAUGCGCAUAUGUGAUUGUAUGAGAGACGUUUUGUGCAGGUGAGGCGUUCUGCAGGUGUGGAUGUAAUUUCUUUAUCCGUGUCGUGUCCUGCUCUCUUGUCCUGUUUUGAUCAUUUUGCUCAAUGACAACCUUGCCUUGAAGAUGUUAACUCUAAACUGUGCAGUCAGUUUGACCGUCAUGACAAUGCUGAUUAAAGUAACACUAGAACAAUGAACACUCACGUUCAUAGUGCAGUACACAGUCCCUUAGUUACCUUAAACACUUUCUCAGUAAGAAGAUCUACGCCACGUUGCUUUUAAGCUUGUAUAACUGCCAUCACACACAGACACACAGAUGCAAAUACACACACUCACGCAUGCACACUCGCACACACACGCAUACACACACACACACUUACACACUUAAACCUGGAAGGUCACCACACACAUUCUUACAUGCAAUGAGUGAGCUAAAGAGCACAGCAUUGAAACCCCCGAUGGCCCUAGGGCCUAACCUUUGACCUUGUGACCUUCAGUAACAAGUCCUCCAGUAGGGAGCGGAUGCAGACCAGUAUGUCAUCAAUGGGGAUUGAGUGUUGGACCACUAUUACGUUCAAACUCACUGUUUGCAUGAAGUAAAAAAUGAGUAUAAUUUUUUUACACCACUAUCUUAAAAGCAUGAUAUUGAGGUGCCUCCUUGCACUUUGUGUAUAUAUUGUAGGCAACAGAUAUUUUUUUUGUUUGUUUUAUUUGGGGGGGGGGGGUGUUGACAUGGUAUGUAGAAAUAGAAAUGAAUUGCUGUGACAUUUUUUGUAAUCCUCUAGAAAAAUAUAAUCUAUGUUCUGAAUAAAAAUAGAUUAGUCAAAAUGUAUAGAAAAUAAUGUGCAAGAAUUUUUAUUUUAUUUUUUACAUUUAAUAGCUGUUAACUAGUUGUCUCACUUAGCUGUCACACACCAAUAUAUAAAUAUAUUGUUUUGUAUCUAAUGUAAGCGUUUUGAAUGUUUGUUCCAUGGAGAUAUGUUGCGUGCAUUCCUUUUCACUGUACAUAAAUAUAUAUAUAUAUAAUUACUCUGUUCAAUGGCACUGCAGAACGUUCCAGAGGUUACAAUGAUUUUGAAGCAAACAUGUUGAACUGGCAAGACAAAGCGAAAGAGGAAGGAAAGUAUCUGAUUUAAGAAGGGAGUGCAUAUGGGGUGGUGGGCUCUUUCUAAUUUGGUGAGAUGUGGAUGUUAUCAUGACUAGGUUUGCAGAAGAAGAGAAACAUCAAAUUGACCCUGUACGUACUAUUAACGAAUGAAACAAGCACAGCCGAGCUGUUCGUUACUUCAAUAUGACUGAAAUAGCAAAUCUGAUCAGAAUGUCAGGUGCAGUACCAAGACUUUCUACCAGAGAACACCAACACACUGUUAGUGUCCACCAUCUUGUCUUGUGCAGUAUGUACUAUGCUGUGGUAAUUACAAGACAUGGAUAUCUACACCAAACAGUAAAGGUUCAUGUUUAGAUUCUGCCUAAGAGUUCAACUGUAACAGUAGUGAGCCCAAGUGUCAUAUCCACGCACUAGCCUCUGUCGAACCAGCACUUUCAAACCACCAGCACCAUUUCAAUAAACCCUCCAGACACAUAUUGAUCAAUUUGCCUUUUUGCUUUUCCUAAUUGUCAUCACAAUUGUCUGCACGCACGAACAAAUCCAAUAUAUUAAGUAAACGAUGUCAAAAUGGAAAUUGAUUGGCACAGUAUUUCUAAGAGUAGCCAGUAGAUCUUUAUAUCUAUAAGUCUGUAUUCUACAGAAGUCUCUGUCUUUCUGAUAGGAUCAUCCUGAGUAUCCUGAUAACCUAUCUAUUUGAAAAGUUGUUGUUGUAAUGUUGAUGUAAAGGGAGAGCUUACGUGGGGGGGAGAUAGAAUAUUAAAAAAUAAAUGCAAAACAUAUAUGAAUUAUUUUCUUUACCAGCUCUGUGGUAUUAAAGUAUGUUCAUAUCAAUAAGUGUUGUACCUUUGGUGUACAUAUGAUUAUGAUAACUAAUAAAUGUUGAUUCAUAACUAAA